AUGGAGCACAGUGAAAGCCUGGAUGAAGAGACUACAUUCCCUGCACCAAGCGCCUGUUGUGGUCGGAUGGAAAAACUGUGUAAUAUCGCUAAACGGAAUAAAGUUCUGAUUGCUAAUCUGUUAGCUGUUUUCCUGGGUAUUUCUGUUGGCUUAGUUCUCAAGUUCUAUGCCAAUUUGACUGAACUUGACCAAAUUUACAUCAGCUUUCCAGGAGAGAUACUCAUGCAGAUGCUGCAGAGUAUGACCGUUCCUCUCAUUGUUACUAGUGUGAUAACAGGUGUUUCUGAUCUAAGCAUAGAAACUUCCAGAAGAAUCACUUUGCGUACUAUAGCAUAUUUUGUCUCAACAACUUCUGUGGCAGUUAUCACAGGGUUAAUGUUGGUGCUGCUGAUCGAGCCAGGAGUCACUAAUAUUGUUAUUGUUAAAGAAGCUGACGAACUUGAUGAGGAGUCCUUCUCCACUGUCGGCGCACUGUAUGAUCUACUACUAAACAUAUUCCCUGAAAACCUGUUUCGGACCACCUUCCAUCAGUUCAAGACUGAAUUGGUGGAGUUUGAGCUUGAAGAAGAUGAGAUGAACUCUAGCCUGGGAACAAACGGGACACAAGAGCGAAUAGUGGGUCUAUAUGUUGAGGGAACCAACACUUUGGGCCUGAUCGCUUGGUCUCUUUUUGUGGGCUACACCCUGUCCAAGAUGGGAGCAUCAGGGAGCAAACUUCAUAGUCGUCCACAGGCUAGUACAGCUAGAGAGCUGGUUGCACAAAAGAGAGGUACUUUGAUAAACUACUUGCCAUUUGGAGUCACGUUCAUGAUUAUAGACCAUGUUGUUGACGUUCACGAUUGGGAAACCAUCUUCAAACUCGCAAAGUUCAUGGCAGUGGUUCUUCUCGGGCUUAUAAUCCACGGAGGAAUACUUCUCCCUCUGAUUUAUGUUGUGUGUACCAGACGUAACCCCAUGACUGUCGUCCGCGGGGUCACUCCUGCCUUACUGACCGCAUUCCUCAUCUCAUCCAGCUCUGCCACACUGCCUCACACCUUCCAAUGCUGUGAAGAACGACUCAACUUAGACAAAAGAAUCACUCGCCUGAUACUGCCCAUUGGCACAAACCUCAACAAGGAUGGGACUGCCAUUUAUGAAGUGGUCGCAGCUGUUUUCAUCGCCCAACUCACCAACAUCAAUCUCACCAUAGGCCAAUUAAUCACCCUUAUGUUGACAUCAGCAGUGUCUAGCGUAGGUGCAGCAGGAAUCCCAGCGACAGGAGCAGUGACCACUCUCUUUGUGCUGACAGCAAUCGGUUUACCUUCAAAGGAAGCUGCCAUUCUGGUGGUCAUAGAAUGGAUCCUAGACCGCUGCAACACCGUCCUAAAUGUCUUUGGAGACUGCAUUGGAGUGGCACUUGUGUACCAAGUUUCUAGAUUAGAAAUUGAUGAAAUGGACAGUGCGGCUCAUGGAGAGGAAAUGCCAAGCACAAGUUACAGUGAAGCUGAAGGCCUCGAACUUGAUGAGAUCCAGGUUCAAUUGGACUCUGAUGACGUCUGCUGCACCAUGCCAGAAGAACUUCAUCAGAUUGAUGAUGAGGAGAACAGCUAG